AACCCUAAUACGCAGCAACUCAACAUUUUUUUUUUUUAAUUUUCUUGAGUUUUAAUCAAACAAAACCAAAGAUCCUUUAAAAACACACACAGAAUUUGCAACAAAACUCAGUUUCAACUCAACCCUAGUUUGUUUCAUGAUCUAGUCGCUAUAGAAAAGCUCCGAUUUUAUCUCCGUUCAGGUCAUCUCGCCACGCUCCGUCACCGCCGUGCGUAAACUCUCGGCCGAUUUCACGGUUAACUCGCCGCGUUUUCGGCACGGUGAAAACCUAAGUUUCGAUAAAAAAAAACUUUAUUUUUUGUGUUCAGCAAGCAACCAAGCAAAAAAAAAAAAAAAAAUGUUUCCCUUCGCCCGUGCACCGACAGUCGUGUUGUGGGACACUUUUGAUUGCCCCAUCAUCCCCGAUGAUGAUUUCACUGAAGUUUUUCUGAUCACUAAAUCGGCUCUUGAAGAAAAGGGUAUUAUUACUGGUGUUUAUGGUAGCGUCGAAUUCAGGGCUUUCGUUGGCGACAUGAACGAGUGUCCGGGAUUUCCUGUUUUUUGGAUAGACAAAGCUAAGGGCAAAGAUGAUAGACUUUGGAGCAUCAUUACAUUCUUACUUGCUCAGGCGAAUUAUUAUUCAUCAAGUACAACAUUCUUGAAUUUGUUGCUAGUCGUGGGAGAUAUAUCUGAGCACGAGGAGUUUCAGCGGACUAUUCGCUUAUUAAAUUCCAGAAGAAAAUUCAAUGUUCUUCUAGCACAGCCUCCUCCUCAAAAUGCAAGCUCAUCAUUAGGAGAGGAGCUUUUUGACAAAGACUGGCUCCGCUCCCGUCUUGCAGCUGGAGAACAACUUAUCAACAAGUUGGGCAUAGGGAAAACCUUUGAACCACCUUUGAAACAUAUUCCUUCUCAUCAGGUUGCUCUUACUUCUCAUCAGGUUGCUCUUCCUUCUCACCAGGUUGCUACUAAGUUGUCAUUUGCAAAGCCAUUAUGCCUUAGUAAACAUAUGGCCGAGAGAGCAAGAACAUGCGUCUUCUGGGACACUGUGGCUUACCCACUCCCUGCUGGUCUCCAUUCCGAUGAUGUUUUGCAAAACAUUGAAGAUGCUCUUUCUGAAAGGGGUUAUUCUGGCCGUGUCUCAAUCACGGCUUUUCUCGAUGAUCACCCCUCCCCCCCAGGCUUUACUGGAUGUUACGUCUUUUACCUAAAUGAUGGAGAGAGAGAUGCGCGCCAUUGGCAGAUUGCACUGCACUUGCUUGCUGCUGCUCGUCGCACUAGGAUUGAGCCAUUAAAUCAUAUGCUACUCAUGGGAGACAUCUCAGGACACAUUGAGCUCUUAAGGACUAUCUACUUGUUGAAUUUGAGAUUUUCCUACAAUGUUAUCUUAACACAGCCUCCUCCUGAAAACGCAUCAUCAGGAGAGCCACUUGGUAAGGACUGGCUCUGCUCAAGCCUCUCAGCUGGAGACAAACUUCUCAGCCAAAUCGAACAAAAUUUAAUCAUGAGCACAGUUGUACAACCUUUGACUCCUUGGCAGGAGCGAUACAAAGCUGCAACCACGGUCGUGUUCUGGGACCUUGUGGAUUGCCCAGUACCUGUUGGCCGCACUGCUGUUGUGGCUUCACAGAUCAUUAGAUCGGCCUUUGAAAAAAUGGGUUAUCGUGGCACUGUUACCAUCCAUGCUUUUGGCGAAGUGAGUAAUCUGGAUCCGCUUGUUUCAGAACUAAGAGAUGUGGAGUGUUAUGAUGAAAACACACCCUCAGGUGUAUUCCUUGAAGAUAUGAAUCCAUCCGGAAUCGUGUUUCAUCACACACCCACAGCACAUAAAGACGCUAGACGUGAGAUGAUGCGUGGUGAAUUAGGCGUCUGGGCACUUGCUAAUCAUGCUCCAACAAAUGUGAUGGCUAUCUUACGAGACACCUCUGAAGACAAGAUCUUUACCGGUUAUCUUGACGUAUUGAGAUCGAUAAAUUAUAACGUUGUCAUAGCACAGCCUCAGAACGUGUUAGGCCAGCUUUUCGAUUUGGAAUGGCUUUGCUCAAGACUUGGAGACAGAUUUCUCCCUCGAACGAGAAAUUCAGCCUCCUAGCUAUGAUAGAUACCGAUUUCGUUAGCUUUUCCAUGCAGAAUGUCUCUCAAGACUUGAAGAAGUUCGACCUUCUACUUACCCUCCAAAUUAUUUUUUUUGUUUGUUCGGCUUGUUUUCUAAAGUGUUUUGUUUGGUUAGCCAAAAAAACUCGUUCUGUAAUAUUUGUCUUCCUUUUGCACAAGGUUUGCAAGUUUUUGCUUGAGCGUUUGUUCGAAA